AUGUCUGCCACCGCCAGUGACAGCAACUCUGUCUCCGAACCCACGCAGGACUCCGUAAACAAGAAACGGGGACGAUCUCAAGCAACGCCUCUCGAGCCUUUUAAGGACGAGAUCGUCAAAUUCUUCACCGAGGAGGAUGUCCCAAUCAUCGAGAUCGCGCGCCGGAUAAACGUCGAACACGGUCUCGAUGUCAGCGAGCGGACCAUAUCCAGACGCUUGACACAAUGGGGCGUCCCUCGUAAGAAGACGCGUACGGCGGCGUCGCAAGAGCUGCAAGACCGCAUCGCGUUCCAUUACAACAAGAACCUCAAUGACGAUCAAAUAACACAAGCUUUGCUGGCGGAGGGCUUCGAGAUCAAGCCCAGGAACCUGGCUCGUCUGAGGCAGAAGCUGGGGAUGCGUAGACGAUCCAAAUAUCCCGAAUUCAAGGAAGAGUCAGAUGGAGAGAGCAGCGAAAGAGCUCCGAAGCCCUCCCUAACGAAGGCGCGGCCCAGGAAGAAGAGCUUCCCUCCCAACGCGGCGUUGAUCCCCAAUGUGACAGCAUUUGUGGAGGAAUAUAUGAGUAAGUAUGACGGCUCUCAUGAUUUUAACCACAUCAAGAGGGUGGUCGGCCUGGCGCACAAGAUUUACACCGAGAUCACCAUGGCAGAGGAGGAAUCGGGGUUAUUUGAGGAGUCAUCGCUCGAUUUGCAUGUCAUCACGCUGGCUGCCUUGCUACACGACGUGGGCGAUAAGAAGUAUCUACAACCAGGCCAGAAUGGAGAGACACUCGUUCUAGCGACCCUGGUUGGUUUUGGUGCCCCGGAAGAUCUAGCUCUCAAGGUACAACACAUCGUCUUGGCUGUGUCCUACUCUUCUGAGAUCAAGGACCCCCGACACGUGGAGAACAUGAUUGGAAAGUACCCCGAGCUAGCAAUUGUGCAAGACGCGGACCGAUUAGAUGCUAUUGGGGCUGUAGGUAUUGGCCGGACGUUUACAUUUGGGGGAGCAAAAAAUGCCAAGGAUAUGGGGGAGACAAUUCAGCAUUUUGACGACAAGCUAGUGAGGCUCGAAAGCAUGAUGAAGACUUCUCCAGGGAAAAGAAUGGCACGCGAGAGAACGGAGAGGUUAAAUAUCUUCAAGAGCUGGUGGCUCGAGGAACAGGACGAGGCCGAGGGAUUACUGAGGAGGAAGUAG